AUGGCGGAACUUUUUAUGGAAUGUGAAGAGGAGGAGCUUGAACCCUGGCAACAAAAACCGAAGCCAAUUGUUGUGGACGAUGAGGACGACGACGACGAGCCCAUCUUUGUGGGGGAGAUUAUGAGCUCCAAACCGGCCAAUACAUAUAUAUUAAACAGAGUCAACCCCGGCUCGACACGAGUGGCGGUGCAGAAUGGGACGCCGAAAAGAGGGUUUCAGCCGAUGGGCCGUCUUGCAGCAAGCACGCUAGCCGUUCAGCCUCAGCCGCGCGCAGGCAGUCUUUCUGGGACUUUACCUGGCCUGCAGAAGCCCCUUCCCGGAAGCUCGCCGCCACAAGAGGCAGCCAAGCCAAGCGCUGGCAUCUCUCAGCCCAUUGGCAGAUCCGCCCCAACACCAUCGAGGAACCUGAACGUGCCGGUCAUGGCCCAGUCUCCGGCCAGGCCUGUGGCAACGGUGACCGCACAACCCGUAGCACUCAAUCGGGUUCCCCCAAGUAAUACUUCAAGCCUGGUUUUUGGUUUAAGGCCGAGUUCAGGAGCACCGCAGGGGCCGGGCGGUGCAGCGCUGACGGCAACAGGCUUGUCCAAGCGUCCAGCUCCUUCUGAAGGGAACAGCGUCAGUUCCAAAAAGGCUAAGGCUGAAGAAACAGGUUCCGGGAGUAGCUCACCCGUUUUGCCUUCGGUGAGAUCGCCAAAUGAGGUGUCGUCACUUCAGAAAGGGAUGGCCUCCGGCAACACUAAGAAUGGAGCCCCUUUCCCACAGGCCUGUCCCAAGUGUAAUAUUCAUUUCAACCUUUUGGAUCCCUUGAAAAACCAUAUGAAGUAUUGCUGUCCAGACCUGGGCCACUCCUAUCAGGGCGCCUCCACAGCAGACUCUUCAGGUGCGUCGGCUAAGAUGGCUGAAUCGGAGAGAGGGAAGCUGAUCAUGCUGGUGAAUGACUUCUACUACGGCAACUACGAGGGCAACGUCCAGCAGGUGAAUCAGGAGCAGAAGACGCACACCACCUUCAAGUGCGCCAGCUGUAUGAAGCUCCUCAAGAACAACAUACGGUUCAUGAACCACAUGAAGCACCACCUGGAGCUGGAGAAGCAGAACAGCGAGAGCUGGGAGAGCCACACCACCUGCCAGCACUGCUACCGCCAGUUCCCCACCCCCUUCCAGCUGCAGUGCCACAUCGAGAGCACCCACACCCCUUACGAGUCAUCCACCAUAUGUAGAAUAUGCGAAUUAUCCUUUGAAUCGGAGCAAAUUCUCUUGCAACAUAUGAAGGACAAUCACAAGCCCGGGGAAAUGCCCUACGUCUGUCAGGUGUGCAAUUACAGAUCGUCGGCCUUUUCAGACGUGGAGAAACACUUCCGAGCCGUCCACGAGAACACGAAGAACUUGCUCUGCCCCUUUUGCCUUAAAGUCAUUAAAAUCGGGGCCCCAUACAUGCACCACUACAUGAGGCACCAGAAAAAAGGAGUGCAUCGCUGUACCAAGUGCAGACUCCAGUUCCUGACUUGCAAAGAGAAAAUGGACCAUAAGUCUCAGCACCACCGGACGUUUAGGAAACCUCCUCAGCUGGAAGGCUUGCCUCCAGGAACCAAAGUGACUAUCAGAGCUUCCCUGGGAUCCAUUCCGCCAGGGUCAGCGGCCACCCCUUUGGUCGGCACCAGCACCUCCACUUUGCCGAUGUCCCCCAAUGUUAAAACGACAAACACUAAAAACUACAGUAAGCUGAAUGUCACUAAAGCGAAGCCCAAACUGAAGCCAUGGGGCGCUCAGAAGAGGCAGAGCCCUGGGCUCAGCAGCCUCAGCAGCGACAGCAGCAGCAGCAGCAACAAAAAGAACAAUAAGAUUGCAAACACAGCAUUAAGUAGCCUCAGAUGUCCAGACAUCCAGAAGUGCAUCGAGUGUUCUGCGGACAUCCGCACGUUCGCCAGCCACUUCCCUGCUUAUGUGCACUGCAGUUUGUGCCGCUACGGCACGAGCUGCAGCAAAGCCUACGUGAACCACAUGAUGAGUUUCCACAGCGCCCGUCAAAAUAAACGGUUUUGGAUUUAUAAAGCUCAUUCUGAAGAACUGAGGGGCAUGACUACUGUUUGUCUGAACUGUGAUUUCGUAAUGGAUGAUUCAGGCUUCGAUAAGAUGGCUGCACACUUGAACGAAAGCCGGUCUCACAGGUGCCAGGUCAUUGUGGAGAAGGCUUCCUCAAAGGAUGUUGCUACUGAAGACCUUCCUGACCAGACGAACAACACAUCCUUAAGUAAGGAAGGUGAAGACAAAUCCCAGGUCCUUUCCAGGCCCGUGACCCCGGAAGGGCACGAAGGAACUUCGGCUCCUGGGAGCUCAGAAAUGAAAAGCUCUGCAGAAGGAACAGAUAAGGACCCACUUGGUCAAGGGGAAGAAACUUCUUCAGCUGAUAAAGGGGAAGAAAAGGCGUCUCUCCCAAGUCAAGGUGACUCUUCCAGCCCGGCAUCCUCGGCGCCUUCAAAAGACCCCCCGGAAGAAGGAGGCGAAGGCGGCCUUGGAGGUGACCUGGCUGAAGGCUUGGCGAUGGCUGGGAGUGAAGAGGUGGCACCUCCUUCAGCUCUUGGGCCCUCCUCUGGCCUAGGAGACCAGGCCUCCUCAGAAGACUCCUCAGAAAGUGGAGAGAUGGAGCAGAGUGGAAAUCAGCUGGCUGAAGGGGCUGUAGCUGCCGAGGGUGGAGAAAACCCACCUCCUUCCAUUUUAGAACGCUCUUCUGGUCCAGGAUUGUCAGACUGCUUAGAAGACCCAAGAGAGAUUCCAGAAGAAGGAAGCCUUAUUAUACGUCCCCUGGCUGAAGGGGCUGUAGCUGCUGAGGAUGGAGAAAACCCACCUCCUUCUGUUUUAGACCACCCUUCUGGUCCAGGAUUGUCAGACUGCUCAGAAGACCCAAGAGAGACUCCAGAAGAAGGAAGCCUUAUUAUACGUCCCCUGGCUGAAGGGGCUGUAGCUGCUGAGGAUGGAGAAAACCCACCUCGUUCCGUUUUAGACCACCUUUCUGGUCCAGGAUUGUCAGACUGCUCAGAAGACCCAAGGGAGACUCCAGAAGAAGGAAGCCUUAUAAUACGUCCCCUGGCUGAAGAGGCUGUAGCUGCUGAGGAUGGAGAAAACCCACCUCCUUCCGUUUUAGACCACCUUUCUGGUCCAGGAUUGUCAGACUGCUCAGAAGACCCAAGGGAGACUCCAGAAGAAGGAAGCCUUAUAAUACGUCCCCUGGCUGAAGGGGCUUUAGCUGCUGAGGAUGGAGAAAACCCACCUCCUUCCGUUUUAGACCACCUUUCUGGUCCAGGAUUGUCAGACUGCUCAGAAGACCCAAGGGAGACUCCAGAAGAAGGAAGCCUUAUAGAUCCCUUGGCUGAAGGGGCUGUAGCUGCUGAGGAUGGAGAAAACCCACCUCCUUCUGUUUUAGACCACCCUUCUGGUCCAGGAUUGUCAGACUGCUCAGAAGACCCAAGAGAGACUCCAGAAGAAAGAAGCCUUACAGAUCCCUUGGCUGAAGGGGCUGUAGCUGCUGAGGGUGGAGAAAACCCACCUCCUUCCGUUCCAGGGCACUCCACCAGUCCUGGACUGGCAGCCCGUGCAGAGGACCUCGAAGCGUCUGCAGGAGAAGGCAACGCAGGCAGCCGUGAGGAUCAGGUUGCUGAAAGCUCCACCGUCGAUGAAUGUGAAGGAAACACAUCAGUGGUAGAACACUCCUCUGGCCUGGCACUGUCAGCCUGCUCAGAAGACCUGGGAGCCUCUGCAGAGGAGACCCCGUGCUUUGGAAGUCCGAUGGACGAAGAUUGUGCCGCUGCUCCGUGUGCAGAGAACGUGGCUCCUGCUCUAGAUUCCUCCUCUAGUCCCGGACUGUCGGUUUGUUCAGAGGACUCCAGAAAGACUGCGGAAGAAAACCAAGGAGACAAUCCGGAAGGAGAGGUUAAGGAAACGUCGGCAGUUGCAGAGUGCUCAGACCAGAUGUCUGCACUCCUGCUAGGCUCCUCGGACGCAAGGGUCCCAGCUCCUUUAAAAGGUUCAGCAGAAGCAGCAGCCAAGGGCAGCCCAGGAAACCAGGCGGCGGCGGCAGCUCCUGGUGAGGAGAGUUCACCUGCACCGUCUGCAGGAGACGGCUCCUGUCCGGUGGUCCAGCCCUGUUCUGUGGAGCCCUCGCAUAAUAAAGGGGCCGAAUGUGAUGAUUCAGCGACUGGGGAUCAUGCAGGUGAGAAAAUCUCCCAACAGCCCACAGGAGAGGACACCGGCCCAGGCUCAGAGGACCGGCAGCAGCAGCAAGAGUCCGAUUUGGAGGAGGCCGGACUCGAAGAGGUGGACGCAGACUCCGCCAGCCAGCCCCCUGACAGCGACGUCAGUUUUGAGCAGUUCCUGAGGCGCAGAGGUGAGCCAGAGUCGGCCAGCUCGGACGUGAGCGAGCAAGGCAGCGUCCACCUGGAGCCCCUGACUCCAUCGGAAGUGCUGGAGCACGAGGCGACAGAGAUCCUCCAGAAAGGUGGCUCGGUGGCAUCUUCAGCCAAGGCGUCGGGGCCGGGCUGUGAGCCGGCGGAGGCUGGUGCCUCUGGAGAGGGCAGUCCUGCCCACGGGGAAGCGGCGGCAAGCCCUGCCCAGGAAAGUGAGGACGCCAGCUGA